AUGCGUUCCGUAGCCGAACUUCAAAAAAUCGUCGACAGCGCAACGGUCGCCAAAACCGUCUUCGAACUACGGCCGGACUAUCUCGCUCUCUUGAUAGCCGUAGACAACAUAACCCCCUCGCCCAGCGACUCUUCCUCAGACCAACUCCUCCAAUCCGCCGAGACCAUUGCCAAAGCCCGCAUUGCAUCUACUGUCGUGACCGAAAUCCCAGAAAUCAAGGGCUGGCGAGAAACUUACAAAUCCUUUGGCGCCAAACCCAAGAAAUACCAAUCCUCGAUUGAAGCCUUGACGCGUAGAGCCAUAACUGGCACAGGCCUCCCUCGCAUCAACAGACUCACAGAUAUCUACAAUGCCAUCUCUGUAUCUUAUAACAUUUGUCUCGGAGGCGAGGAUCUAGAUGCGUAUAUAGGAUAUCCUCGAUUGGUUCGCGCCACAGGAGAUGAAAGAUUCGAAACGAAAAAUGGAGAUGAGAGACCGGAAAAGGGAGAAGUGGUUUGGUGUGAUGAUGGGGGUGUUACGUGUAGGAAUUGGAAUUGGAGGCAGUGUGUUAGGACGCAGUUGAGGGAUGAGACGACGAGUGCGUUGUUUAUUUUGGAUGCGUUGGCGCCUGUGACUAGAGAGAAGUUGGAAGAGGCUGGUGAGGAGUUGUUGCAGAGGUUGAGGGAGGGUAGUGAAGGCUUGGUUGUUGCGAAGAGGGUCAUUGACGUUCGGGAUGGUGUGGAUUCAUAG